AUGCCCCCCAUGCGCUCUGUGAACAGAGGGAACCCAGAGUGUAAGAAGAAUUCCCAGCCCUGGCAUGCAGCGCUGGAAUCCAAUGACUAUGUCAAAUGUGGGGGAGUCCUGGUGCACCCCCAGUGGGUGCUCACAGCCGCCCACUGCAUGAGCAGAGGUUUCUACGACUCCCCGCAACAUAAGGACUCCCCGCACCACGAGGACUCCCCGCACCGUAAGGACUCCCCGCACCACGAGGACUCCCCGCAACGUAAGGACUCCCCGCACCACGAGGACUUCCCACACCACCAGGACUCCCCGCACCUGGAGAAGUACCCGCACCGGGAGAACUCCCCGCACCGGGAGAAGUACCCACACCAGGAGAACUCCCCGUACCGGGAGAAGUACCCGCACCGGAAGAAGUACCUGCACCGGGAGAACUCCCCACACACAUUGGGAGCCCAGUACUUCCAGGGUGUGGAACACAUCCCACACCCCAAGUUCAACCGGAGCCUCCAAAAUGUCUUCACUCGCACCCCAGAGGACGACUUCAGCCACGACAUCAUGCUGGUGCGCUUGCACGCAGCUGCCCUGAUCACAGACACCGUGGGAAUCCUCAGCCUGCCCACGCGGGAACCGCAGCUGGGCAGCAACUGCCACGUCGCCGGCUGGGGCAGCCUCGCUUCAUCAUACCAGUACCUUCACAAGACCAAGCUGCGGUGCGCGGAAACCAGUGUCCUGUCCAGAGACGCGUGUGAACAGGCCCACCCCCAGGCGGUGACACGGCACAUGCUGUGUGCCGGCCAGGAGGAGCCCCGCUCAGCUGCCUGCGUGAGUGACCUCGGAGGCCCUCUGAUCUGCGAUGGCGAGUUACACGGCAUUGCCUCAUGGGACCCGGCAAUGUGUGAUGGACGCAAUGCCCCCGGGAUCUACACCAAGGUGAUAGACUACGUGCCCUGGAUCCAGCAGACCAUCCAGGCCAACCCCUGA